AUGGGAACAAUGCCUUCGCGGAAAAGCAAAUCACUCAUCGUCAACCAACAGCCCCCAGAUUCUAGAUAUUCGUUGGAUCAAAGUGUCUUGAGAAAAUCUUUGGAUCAAAAGACCAAACAACAACUAUUCUUCGAAUGCCAUGUGUGUAUUUUGGGUCGAGUCGCUUUACACCGAGAUGAGCAAUUUUCGCAAGCCAAAGCGGAUGUUUUGAUGAAACGUCUACAUUCGAAACGUCAAUCACAUUGCAUUGCCUACUUUCUAGAGGAUAUGAUCCGCUUCCGAAAGACAAAACUACUUGGAUCUCAACCGGCAAGAAAUUUCGUCACCUACAGAGCAAUCAAGCAUGUUUUUCUCUUUGAAGAUAAACCAGACACGUUUAUGCUGUGCAUUGACAAUGGUCGCUCUAUCAAAAAAACCUACGAGGCAUUCAAGUGUAAAAGCAGGGAGGAUGUGCUCGCCAUUUGCGAAAUUAUCUACAAGGCCUCCCUAGAUUCGGACUACAGGCUCCGGGAUGUGACACCCAUUAGAGAGUUUUCGCGCUUGUCCGAACUGUCCCUACCGGCGCAUUAUCAUUCCACCACAGAACUAGAUAGAACCGAACGCUUGGCACGGUCCACAACGAGCCUCGUGGUGGAUGGACCUUCCCAACGAGUGUCCGAUCCCGUCAUUGAUGACUAUCAGCCAAGAAGAUAUGAUAGUACACCAUUAGAACUUUAUCGAGUACCGGUAGUAAAGACUUCUCCGAAGGGAUAUCAAAAAGUCUAUGAACGCAAACAAACGGCAUCGCCAGACGCGAGGCGGAAACCUUACGAAUGGAGAGAAGCGAUCGACCAUUUGGACAAUCUGAACCUUGCCGAAAAGAAGGAGUACUCUGAUGAUUGGGAAGUGAAUGUGACGUACCUUAAGUGGGAUAACCAAUUUGGUGCCGUCGUUAAUGAUUGUGGUCCAAUUUAUAUGUAUUUUGCACGUCGCUUAAAUCCACACGCAAACUAUGGA